UGUGUAUGUGUGUGCGUGAACUAACCCUUUAAGGCCGCAUGCAGUGCUAUCGAACUUUUUAAGGAUUUAUAAACAUUUAUAACAUUUUUUCAAACUGUGAAAAUGCAUAUGCGAUGCUUUGUGCAGCCCUAACCAGCGUGAACCCGCCUUUCGGUGUAACGUAAAUCGCUCGAACGAGGACUUUUUUAAUAGAAUAUUUAAUUACCGCCAUACUUUGAUCCCUUUCUGGCCAAAUGCGUGCUCAGAUACUGCGCGCUCGCGCACCGGGAAUCCAAAACGCGACGUUUUGUUUUGUUCGCGUCGCGUUCAGAGCAGACGGGGCUGUAAGAGGAGAGGAAUAUGUUUUGCCUUUUACUGCCCUAUAGAGAAACUAGUGACGUAGGGAAUCCCAAAACUCGCGGAAAGUGUGGCGAAAAACAGGCUGCAGUCCCCGCGGCGCGCUCAUCUCCAGUGGAAAUGCGAGGACACACUCGAACUCUCCGUAUUCGCUUCCACGAAGCGCUUUAUGUCCUUUAUGCGCUGUUUCGUGUCAGUCAUUUAGCUUGUGCUGCUGCGGAAGUGUCGGACAAAACUGAAGUUUGGAACAAAACUCAACUUCUCGAGCUGUACAGUAAAGGCGUUUUCCGGUUGGAGAGCGUGACGCUGAAGCUUUGCCUCGCGGCGGAUCCGUCCGGUCUGUCUCUGGUCAGCUGUGAGCCCCCGUCUGCCGCCCUGCUUUGGAAAUGGGUGUCCCGGCACCGUCUCUACAAUCUGGGCACCAGUCGAUGUCUAGGGAUCAAUUCGACCAAGCUGGUGCAGCCUGAUGUGGGCGUCUUCGACUGUGACUUUUCCCUCCCGAGCAUGUGGUGGCGCUGUGGGGGCAGCAUGUUGUACGGAGCGAUGAAUAAUAAGUUAGCGGUGGUGGACUCUAAAGUGGUGGUGAAGAAGACCGCUUUGCAUCAGUGGAGGAUUUACGGGGCGGCUGGUGAAGGGCCAUGCUCUUACCCAUAUGAAGACAUCCACACGUUACAAGGAAACUCCCAUGGCAUGACCUGCUCCAUACCCUUCAAAUACAACAAUAAAUGGUUCUGGGAUUGUACCGCUGAGGGCAGAGAGGAUCGUCACCUCUGGUGUGCCACAACUAACCACUAUGAUCAGGAUGAGAAAUGGGGCUUCUGCCCCCAUCCAGUGUCAGGCUGCAAUGAAUUCUGGGAGAGCCAUCCUGAGCUGAAUGCCUGUUAUCAGUUUAACUUGUACUCCAUCCUCACCUGGAGUCAAGCCCUUACUUCCUGUCAAGCACAGGGUGGGAGUCUUCUGUCCAUCACACAGUCUAGUGAACAAAACUAUAUUACAGGAAGACUCUCAGAUAUGGGCGUGAUGGUCUGGAUGGGAUUAAACCAUCUCAGUCAACAGGGGGGGUGGCAGUGGUCUGAUGCAUCUCCUUUGGCUCUCGUCAAUUACACUGCAGAUCUGACCUCCACGCCAGUGCAGGGGAACCAGCAGUGUGGGGUGUUUAACUCCACGCAGGGUUUCUGGCAGAGUCUGUCCUGUGAGUCAGCCUUGCCUUACAUCUGCAAAAAAGGCACAAAGUACAGCCGGAAUGCCGAGCCGCUUGAUAACUGGCAGUAUAAGGAGACGAUUUGUCCUACUGGUUGGUUGGAUCAUAAUGGGUUUUGUUACCUGUACCUGGAUGAGAAGUCAAGCUGGGACGGCUCUUCCAGCGUGUGCAAAUCUUAUGAGGCAGAUCUGGUCAGCGUCCACUCCCUCUCCCAGCAAGAACUACUACUGAAACGGCACUAUGUUGGAUCCGAGUCUAAGGUGUGGAUCGGCUUGCAUAAGGAGGAAAAACUUUCAUCAGUCCAGUGGUCAGACGGCUCUCCAGUCACAUUUACAUCCUGGAACUCUCAGGAGCCUUCCCACAGCCAUGGCGACAAACGAAUCUGCGUCACAGUAGACUUAAAGGACAGCAGAUGGCAGUUUGAUGAUUGUGAAGAGGAGCACGGCGCAAUCUGUAAGACCUCAGGUCUUGUCCCGCAGCAUCCGUCUGGAGAAUGGGAUGAAGGAUGUCCAGAGGGCUGGAAAAGGAAGAACGAAUGGUGUUAUACAAUCACAGAUCAGGAGCAGACGUUUGAGGAUGCAAUGAAAGGAUAUUACUGCAAAUCUCCUCUUGUUACUGUAGAAAGCAGGUUUGAGCAGGCCUUCCUAAACAGCCUGAUCAGUGAAAAGGGAGGCUCUGAGUCCCGAUCUUACUGGACAGCUCUGCAGGACCAGAACAGAACGGGCGAGUAUAGCUGGCUGAUGCAGAACGGCACGACGAUACCUCUCACCUACACCAACUGGAACCGACACCAACCGGUGAGUGGAGGAGGCUGUGUGGUGAUGUCUGGAGGUCAGGCUCUGGGUCACUGGGAGGUGAAAAACUGUCACGCUUUUAAGGCCCUUGCUGUUUGCAAACAGGAAGUGAGCGGUAAUGAUGAUACCGUAAUGCCUCCGCCUCAUUUAGACCCGAAUGCACCAUGUCCCGCGGGAUGGGAGAGCCGCAAAGGCCUGUCUCACUGUUACAAGGUGUAUCAUGACGAGAAGAUCCUGAUGCAUCGCACCUGGACCGAGGCUCAGUUCUUCUGCCGGGCUUUAGGUGCUGAUCUGGCCAGUUUCCAUCACUAUGAAGAUCAGGCUUUUGUUAAAAAUAUCCUCUCUAAGAUGUUCAAAAGUACAGAGGGUCGCUGGUUUUGGGUGGGCUUUACUAAGAGAAACCCUCGGUCUGACGGAGCCUGGGAGUGGUCCGACGGCACACCGGUGGUGACCUCAUUCAUGGAGGAUAUGAAUGAAGUGGACUCUCGCAUGUGUGCGGUGUACAGUGACCUCACAAACACUCUCACGCCUCACUCGUGUGACUCCAAAUAUGAGUGGAUUUGCAAGGUCCCGAGAGGUGUGCAGUUGGUCAAGCCGUACUGGUACAGCAGCCAACAUGAGCCUUGGAUGUUUUUCAGAGGAGCUGAAUAUUACUUUGCCAGUAAGCCUUUUCCCUGGGAGUCCGUCUCCUUCGCCUGUAAGAUGAUGGGCGCUGAUCUGGUUUCCGUUCACUCUAGUGAGGAGCUGAACUUCAUCAGAGAACACAUUAACAAGGAUUCAGAAUUUUGGUGGAUUGGUUUGUCGGCUAACAGUGGUCACAACGGUCUCAGCUGGACUGAUGGAUCCGCUUUGGAUUAUGAGAACUGGGAAAACGGUCAAUUUUCCCGAAAGACUGGCCAAAAUUGCAUCCAGAUGUCGUUUCACUCUGGUCAGUGGUCAGCAGUAAGCUGUAAGGAUCGACAUGGUUACGUGUGCAAGCGCAGAACGGUGUCUUUAGUGGAGGACCCACGCGAGCCUCACUAUAUCGGCAGCUGCCCAGAGAACUGGUUCUACUACGGACACAAGUGUCUGUUUCUGCAUCUCCCAGCCCUUCCGGGUGAUGGGAAAACCUGGCAAGAUGCUCGGUCCAUCUGCUCGUCCUAUCAGGGAUCGCUGGUAUCCAUAGAGGAUGAAAUUGAACAAGCCUACAUCGUCAUGCUGCUUCAUGGCUGGUCAGCGGGGGUUUGGAUUGGUGCACAGGGUCGUUUUUCCUCAAAGUGGAGCAAUGGGAAACCUGUCAGCUAUAACAAUUGGGAGGUAUCUAAUUACAAAUCUCCUGGGGAGCCUCGUUGUACUUACCUGUCCAACAGUCACAACUUCCGCGUGACAGGGCUAUGGCAAGACGACAUCUGUACUGAGAGCGUCUACGGCUUUGUCUGCCAGAAGCCGCAAGACAUCACUAAGCGUCCUACACAAUCCUAUUAUACGGCUUCCUCUCUGGACUCGUCCGAGUAUAAGAACCACAGUUACCGUAUCAUCCACGGCAACUUGAGCUGGUAUCAGGCCCAGAAGGCAUGUUUGGAGAAAGGGGCGGCACUUGUGAGCAUCACAGACCCGUUUCAGCAGGCCUAUCUCACUGUGCUGAUCAACAGGCUUGAAACCCCACACUGGAUCGGCUUGUACAGCACAGAUGAUGGUCUCUCACACCAGUGGUCUGAUGGCAGUGAGCUUUCCUUUACUUACUGGGAAGUGUCUAAUUAUUACUCAGAGGGGCCCAUGGGAGAUGGAGGCUGCGUGUCCAUGGACAUUAACGGACAAUGGAAGGACGCUGAAUGUGACAUGCUCUUAUCAGGAGCGAUAUGUUACAUGCCUCCUCCGAAAAGCGUCGCUUUCUCUUAUGAAGUAGUAUGUCCUGAGACCUGGGUGAAGUUUCGUGGGAGCUGCUAUUAUUUUGAAACAGUUCUGUUGAAGAUGACCAUGGAGGAGGCGAGAAAUGAUUGUAAAAAGAGGGGAAAUUUUUCGGAUGUUCUGACAGUUCAAGAUGAUGAGGAGAGUCGGUUCUUCCUUAAAGAGAUGUCGCAUCAUUACCAGGGGCCCCAGAAUUUAUGGCUAGGAAUUUUAUACGACACUGACACUGACUCUUUGACUCGACCGGACGGCACACCACUUUAUUACACAAACUGGCGCUCCAGAGCUCCAGACGCCGGUGACAUGCGGGCAGAUUCAUGUGUGACUCUGCGGGUUUCAGAUGCCGUGUGGCAGCUGGCCGACUGCACUGAGGGUCUGGGCUUCAUAUGCAAAACCACAACAGGUGCCAUCAAAGAGGUAGAAGUGGAGCCACUGAAAGGUGUGCACCAAGGUGUGAUCUCGGCGGCUGUGUUGGUGGCCAUCUUGCUUUUCGCUGUGGUUAUUGGAUCAACGUGGUUCCUUUACAAAAGAAACUCUCUGUGCGUCCGGAGGCUUCUGACUUUUGGCAGCGCCUAUUACAGACAGACUAGUUCCCAAGCCAGUGACCAAGAUGAAAAUGUUUUACUCCCAGACCUAGAGACACAAGCAGGGGACUAGCAGGUGUUUGUGUGAGUGUAGAUGCAUGUUUGUCUUUUGCAUGAGAGUGUGUUCGUUCAGUCAGGGAAACUGCAUUGGGAAUGAUGAAGAUAUUUUGUCCAUACUGUAGCUAGAGGAGGAUAUUGUACACAUGCAGGUCUUGUAAAGCUCCGUAACAAUCCAUUUAAAAGCAUUAUGAAAGGGAGAAAUAGGGCUUUUUUUACUUUGUCUCAUUCAGGGCAGCAACACAAUUCCUCUAGGAUGCAAUAGCUUAAAUGGGCUGGUGGUUAAAGGGACAGUUUACCCAAAAACUAAAAAUUUUGUCAUUAUUUACUCACUCUCGAGUAGUUUCAAACCUGUAUGUUUUGGGUCACCAUUGACUUCCAUAGUAUUGUUUUCCUACUAUGGAAGUCAAUGGCGACCCAAAACAGCCUGGUUGCAAACUUUCUUUAAAAUAUCUUCUGCAGAACGAAGAAAUUCAACAACUACUCAAGGGUAAGUAAAUGAUGAGGGUUUUUUUGUUGGGGUAACUAUUCCUUUAAGUGCGCUUUAAUAUUUGUCAGGGCCUGUUCACACUGUCACAAAUGUUUAGCAUUAAAAUUUCACACGCAAUUUGUUUGAAUGACACUACAGUUUCACUCUCUGAUAGCAUGUUGCUCUUAUAAAUAUUGAAGACGCUAAGCUUUACGUUUCUGACACCCGCUUUUCAUGGAAAGGAAAAUAAGCUAGUUUUAGACUGUUGUUGUGAAAAUAAGCCACCAAGUCGUAGUUUUAUAUGCGGCCACAAGAACAAAAGCAUAACUAUUAUUGUUUGUCUAGUUUUCUGCGCGGUGCAAUGGAGAAGCAUGAAACAUUCGUCUUUUUGUGAACAGGCCUUUAAACAGUCAUGAAAACGAAAUGGACCCUGUUUACUUUACAGUGCGCACGGUAUAAAAAAGAAACGGUCUGUUGAAAAGUAUGUAUAAAAAUUACUGAGUAAACCUUCAAUACAAAAAAUUAAUCAAAAUAUAGUAAUUUGCUCCACCUCUGAAACUAAUUUCCUUUUAGAUGACAUCACUAAAGCCACUUACAUUUUAACCAAUGAUUGUGUGCAAUAAAAGGGGGAGGAGUUAAUGAUAAUCCACUGUAAACUGUUGUGUGGAGCAGACACUUUUAACAUCGGGUAACUUUUUGAAACAUGCAUCGCUUUAGGAAAGUAAAAGGGGUUGCGGGUGUCAUUUCAUGAUAACUUUUAAGUGUUACUCUUUAACUUUUGCAACGAUUCAACAAUGCAACUUUUGGAUCUCUAUGAUCCUCCUAUCCAGGGUGACCUGCUCGUUUGAAGUCUAUUAAUAGUUCAUCUACAGCAGGAUGCUUGUUCUCACAAGUAGUUUGUUCUGGUUAGAACAACAAACUACAAUCAAAAAGAGCCCACGGAUGCAAAAUAAGCCACUGCACACCAAAGCGAAGCCGAACAGCUUGGCCAUGAAUAAAUGUUUACCUUGCACCGCUGGUGGUGUUAUCAGUAUUACAAUCUUAUUUUAGUAUUGUUUUCUCUCCUUUGAUACCUGAAACCGGUUUGAUCCGAAACAUUUCUCUUAGGAUUACGUGUUUGUUCUUUAUACGCACCAUGCUUUUGCACAGCUCCCAGAGCACCAGAGCCGUGUCCGUUCUUAUUCUAGCCUUUAAAAACGUUAAACCCUUUAAGUUUAAAUCCUUAAUCUUCAUUUUGCUUCUCUGUGUUUUGCUGAUCGUGCUUCGCUGACUUCUUGCAUUGUCAUAACGGAAACCAUUAGUGCUUCAUUGAUGAAUUUAUUCUAUUGCAAAAAUGUGAAUUAAGAACAUUGUUUUCAAUCAUCUAUUGUUUCUCUACAGUUUUGGGAGCACACACGAAGUUUGUACAAUUACACGCUUUGUGUGUUUCAGAAAUCUGUAUUUCCUAAUCAGCCAGGAUUAUAAAACACCCUUGCGUUUUACUGUUUUUGAAUCCAUUCAGCCGGUCUGGCAAAAGCACUUUUAGCAUAGCUUAGCAUAGAUCAUUGAAUCCAGUUAGACCAGUAGCAUCGCGUUCAAAACUUACCAAAGAAUUUUGAUAUUUUUCCUAUGUAAAACUUGACUCUCCUGUAGUUAUAUUGUGCAGAAAAUUGCUAAUUUUCAUUUCCCACUGGUCUUGGUACACAAUAUAACUACAGAAGAGUCAAAUUCUUUGGUAAUUUUUAAACGCGAUGCUACUGGUCUAAUUGGAUUCAAUGAUCUAUGCUAAGCUAUGCUAAAAGCGCUAUCGGCAGACCCGGAGAUUGGCUGAAUGGAUUCAAAAAAGGGAAAACCCAGCUUAUUAACUCUGGGGGAGUUGGAGAAUGAGCCUAUUUCCAAAAAAGCGGAGUGUUCCUUUAAUGAAUGUUAGAACUAUAUGUCAAGACAAUCAAGGCUUCAUUGUUUAGUUUUAAUCAUUGACACAGAUUUCAUAUAUUUGCAAUAAGUUUGAUAAACAGUUAUAUUUGAAUAUACAAUAAGUUCUUUCCAUUCUUACAUUUUGUAUUACUGUAAAUCUGUGGGUUUGUGUGUUUUGCUGUAUACGUGUGAUUGUGUUUUAAAGGGUCUGCCUAGUCUUACUGUGUUAUGUUUCUGUGUAACUUUUCAGGGGGUGUGGGGGUUCUUCUCUAAUUUUCAAGAACACUUGAUCAGUUUAAUGUGACCAAAUGUAUUUUCAGUGUUUCACCUGAUAUAUAUUUUUUUUAUAUUAAAUUCUCCACUUGAACUGAUCGUGACUUUUGAGCAGAGAACCGGAAAUGUAUGCAGUGAAUCUAUAAUCAAACACACAAUUAUAAAAUACAAAUGAGAAACAAAUAUUUUGUACCUUUUGUUUAAAAAGUUAGUUAUAUUAGUCGCAGGCUAUGACAAAUUUAAGAAAACAACAACACAAAAUAAAAAGCUCAAGUUAAAGUCA